UCGACGUUGCUUUGGUGUAGGGUAGCUGGAAAUGUGGUCGAGAGCUGUGCUAGCGGAUUGCGUUUCUCACGCUGGAUCAGGUCGCCGUUAUCAGUUGGUGCUGCGGAUAAUAGCGAACCGAAACGUAAACAAACGACGCCCACAUAUUGCGCUGGCUAAACACCAAAGUCCUUGCCCCAUGUGGAGUGGCCGGCUGGCAGAUUGCUCAAAACUGGCGCUCGGUGCGUUUCGUGGCCGCGCUUCACAUUGGCUGAUCUGAUUUUUUGACAGCUGCUCACGUUAAUUGUGUAUUGAGUGCGGGAGAUUCCCGAAUCGUCGUGUGGGUCGUGCGGGUCGAGUGGGUGUCAUGGACAGUCAGGAGUACGCUUGGUUAAACCCCAGCGAUAAUAGCAACAAUAGCAUCAGCAACAGCAGCAACAGCAGCAGCAACACUUUCGCCACAACAACAGCUAACGGGCUAGAGGAUGCCCUCAUGGACAUGGAUAUGACAACUGUUGCCGCCACCGUUGGAGCGCAGCUGCCCUCCCGGAUUAACGCUGGCCUCCUGCUCUGGCUGAUCAUCAAUGCGAUCAUCUUUGUCAUCAUUCUGGUGGGCAAUGCGCUCACCAUUGUCGCCGUGCGCACCUGCCGCAAUCUGCGCUCGGUCAUAUCGAAUCUGUUCAUCCUAUCGCUGGCCAUCUCCGACUUCAUUGUGGGCGUCGCCCUGCCCUAUCACGUCGUCUUCUACAUGGGCAGCAGCCUCGAUCUCGGCAGACUGCGCGGCUUCUGUUUGUUUCGCUUCUUUCUCUUCAUCUGCGCCUGCUGCGUCUCCAUACUGACGCUCAUCUCCAUUGCCGUGGAUCGUUAUAUCGCGGUCAUGUACGCCCUGCACUACAGACGCUAUAUGACGCGUCGCGUCGCCUACAUGAUCAUCACAUUGAACUGGUGUGUGGGCGCUCUGGUGGCUCUGAUACCCAUAUUCUGGAACAAGUGGUCCGCGGCGCAGGGCUGCGAGUUUGACGAGGUGCUGCUGCCAUGGUAUGUGGCUGGGAUCAUAACGCCCGGAUUCGCCAUCAUCUGGAUAUGCAUGCUGGUCUUCUACUGGCGCAUCAUGCGCGAGGCGUCCAAGCAGGCGCAGCGAUUGCGCCAGUCUGUCGUCUACAACACGCACAGCAGCCACAGCAUGCUGCACCCGGACUGGAAGAGCGUCCAGAUUGUGGUGUUCAUCAUGGGCUGCUUCACGCUCUGCUGGCUGCCCUACUUCUGUGUGGCGAUCGCCCAGCUGUUUCGCGUGUGCCGCAGCAACUCGAUGAUCUACAAGACAGCCUUCUCGCUGGCCAUGGCCAACUCGGCGCUCAAUCCCAUCAUCUACUCAUGGAAGAAUGCCGGCUUUCGGCGUGCGUUCGCCCAGACGCUCUGCUGCAAGUCCAGCAGGUGCUGUCGCAUCGAUGCCGACCUGGAGCUCAACCUGCCCUCGGACAGUGUCAAGCAGCGCAUCGAUAGCAACAGCUGCAACGGCUACACAGCCGCCAAGGAAUGUAAGCCCACAGAAAAACUCUCAACUCAGUGCCAGGGCGCGCAAUAAAUACAAAAUAAAUCGGAUGUA